UUUUUUGUUGUUAUUUGAUUUUGAAGGUCAUAAACUUGUCUAAACACGCAUUUAAAUAAUUUCUAAAUAUUUUCGAUAUUGUAAUAUAUCGUGAAUUUUAAAUUGUUUUAAUGGCAUAAUGCCGACGACUAGGAAAAAGACUAUAAAAACAGUUUACAAAGAUGAAGAAAGUGAAAAUGAAGGAGGUGAUUUUAGUGAUUCCGGUUCGGAAGCUGUUAUAACUGAACAUAGCAGUUCUGAUGAUGAAGAAGAAGAAUAUCGUCAUUCUUCAGAUGAUGACUUUCAAUCCAAAAAAUCAAAACCAAAACCUCGAUCAACGUUUAAAAAGUCCAACACUGUUAAGAAAACAAACUUCGCAAAAUCUUUUAUCCACAAAAUAGAUAAACAAAAACAACUAGAUUCCGAAGAAAAUGUUGAUGUGUCAUCAGCGAUUUUUUCAGUCAAAGAUCUAACUGAUACCGAUAAACUUUUGCCUAUUUUGAAUCUUUCAGAAAGUGAUAGCAGUGAUGACGAAUCUCCAACAGUCUCAAAAAUAAAUUAUCAACCAAGUUCCACCUCCAUUAAAACAAAUGAGUCCGAUAAUGAUGCAGAUGACAAAAUAGAAUAUAAGGAUGUAUGGUCAAACAAUAUACAAAAUGAUAGUGCAGAGAUUGCUAAGAAAACUUUCCUAGAACUUGAACAACAUAAAUUGAAAAUUGAACAAACUAAAAUAUCAGUCCAAAAUUAUUCAGCUAAAAAUGAUAAAAUCAAUGAAUCUGAUGUAAAAGAUUUGCUAGCUCUUGGUGAAGAAGAAACAGCAUUAGAAAUUUCUUCCAAGAAAAAGAAGAAAAAAAAGCUUAGACUAGAUAGUGAUUCUGAAAUUGAAGACUGGGAGGAAGUUAAGGAAGCCAAUGAAAUACCACAACAAGGCUUACAACUUAUAGUGGAUAUUCCAAAUGAUAUUUGUAGAAGAACAAAAAAACUUGAUGUUGAAAUGAUGAUGAAAAGAAAAAUUAACAGAGUUAAGAAAGAAUAUCAAGUUUAUAUGCAUAAAGUCCAUGUUUUAUGUUGGUUAGGACAUGGUAACUAUGUUAGUCAAGUCUUAAAUGAUCCAACGAUUCUGGCAGCUGCAUUAUCUGUAGUUCCAUCAAAGGACUCUUACCCUGGAGACAGAGUUGACAUAAAAUACUUAGAACAAAUUACAACAUGGUUCAAUGAUAAAAUGACGUUAAACCAAGACAAAAGUGAAAACAAGUUUAAACCUAAGUCGCCGCCAUUAAAGAGUCUCUUGCUACAACAAAUAAAGAGUAAAGUUUUUACUACUAAAAAAUAUAUGGUUUUUGUUUUCGUUUCUAUGUUAAGAAGCCUUGGAUUGCAAUGUCGAGUUAUGUUUAACUUUGUUACCCUACCCAUAAAACCACCAACUUCCGAACUUUGUUCAUUAUCAACAAAAGAAAAGGAAGGAGAUAAUAAAAAAAAUAAACAAGCAAAGAUUAAAGAGAAACAAAAAGAUUCAGAUAAAUCGAAAAAGAUAUUGAAUGAUAAAAAGGAUGAAAUACCACAACUUGAUGGGAACUAUGAUUCCUCCAGUGAAGUCAAAAAUAUAAUGCAGGUAGAUGGUGGUGAUGAUGAACAUUCUGUAAAAACAAGACGACAAAAGAGUUUGGCAACAAAAAAAUGUAGCAACACAAAUAUAGAUGAAGACAAUAUUUCACCUCCAAAAAGAACACGAAAAAAUAUCGCUAAACACGCAGAAAAUCUGAAUAAUACUAAUUCUUCUAUUAAAAAACAAAAAGAAAAUAAUUUAAAAAACCUUUCAGAUAAAAUAUCUACAACAAGUAAAGCCAUUAAUGAUAAAAAUGAAACUUCUCGAAAGUCAUUAAGCUUAAAUCGUUUACAGUCUCAAAAAGCUGCAGAACUUAAUAAUGAAGAACAAAAAAACGUCUCCAUAAGUUCCCGAAGAACAAGAAACAAUAAAAGCGCAACUAAUAUAAUUUCUACGACACUAAAUGUACAACAAUCAAUGGAUAAAACUAAUAAGCCAAUAUCAAAAAACAACUCCAAAAAAGGUCCAAAAAUUGUAGUUACAAAUGAGAAUAAUGAUAAUGUUUCAAGUGAAUAUUUUGGUGUCGUGUCAAAAAAAGAAACAACUCAAAUUGGUAGGAAACGUUCAAGAACUUCAGAACCUAAAACAUCUAAAGAUGACAAUGAUCAGCAAAAAAUUAAAAAAACUCGAACAAGAAGUGCUCAUACUACUGAAAACAAAAGUAAAUAUUUCAAUAGUGACUCAAAAAAACAAUUUCAAGUAUGUACAGGAUCUGUAAUGAAGUCCCAGAUUAUUAAACAAACAGACAGUGCUUCAGAAGAUGAUAAACGAGUCAGCCAUAAAGACAUUGCAAAGAAAAAAGUAAAACCUAAAAAUGAUGUAUCAAAAGACCUCAUUAAUAUUAUCAAGGAAAGAGUUAAAGAAGCAAAAACUGAAGCAAAGAAAGGUAUCGUUAAAACAAAGGUCAAACAAGAAUCCGACGAAGACAGUGAUUAUUUAGCUAUAGAGUCCGCAAAAAGUAAAGCAGGAAGCGACGACGACUUUAAACCGGCUAAAACCACUUCAAAACCUAAAAUCAAUGUGAAAAAGGUUGAUCGUCGUGUCAUAUCUACAGAUGAUGAAUUACCAUUAAAUAAAAUUGAUGUAUGGUGUGAAAUAUAUGUAGAGGAAUUGGAAGAGUGGGUGCCAGUUGAUGUUAUUAAAGGCAAAGUACAUUGUGUUAAUGAACUAUAUAAUCGAGCAACCCAUCCUGUAAGAUAUGUUGUUGGUUGGGACAACAAUAAUUAUUUAAAAGAUUUGACUCGAAGGUAUGUACCACAUUGGAAUACCAUAACCCGUAAACAGCGCGUUGAAACAGCUUGGUGGGAAGAGUCUAUUAAGCCUUGGAUUGGACCAAAAACUGCUAGAGACAAAGAGGAAGAUGAAAGGUUGAACAGAAUGCUACUAGAAGCACCUUUACCUAAAAGUAUUUCAGAAUACAAAAAUCAUCCAUUAUACGCAUUAAAGCGACAUUUGCUUAAAUUUGAAGCGAUUUACCCUCCUGAUGCAGCUGUCCUAGGUUUUGUGAGAAGCGAGCCUGUGUAUGCGCGCGAUUGCGUAUACGUCUGCAAGUCACGUGAGAUUUGGCUUAAAGACGCAAAGGUUGUGAAACUCGGCGAAGAGCCAUACAAAGUUGUCAAAGCGCGCCCAAAAUGGGACAAACUUUCGAACAAGAUGAUAACAGGCAAAGCUCUCGAAAUAUUUGGACCUUGGCAAGUAAAAGAUUAUGAACCACCAACAGCUGAAAAUGGUAUUGUACCUCGAAAUCCAUACGGAAAUGUUGAAUUGUUCAAAGAAUGUAUGUUACCAAAAGGAACAGUUCUUAUAAAGUUACAUGGCUUAAAUAGAAUAGCGAAGAAAUUAAACAUAGAUUGCGCUCCAGCCAUGACGGGAUUUGAUUACAAUGGUGGUUAUUGCCAUCCUGUAUUUGAUGGUUUUGUUGUUUGCAAAGAAUUUGAAGAUAUUAUUACAGAAGCAUGGCUUAAGGACCAAGAAGAACAAGAACGAAAAGAAGAAGAAAAAAUUGAUGCACGAGUCUAUGGUAAUUGGAGAAAACUUAUAAGAGGUCUACUCAUAAAAGAAAGGCUGAAAGCUAAAUAUGGUUUCGAAGAGCCAAGUACAUCUAAAGAAAAAAUUAAAGCAAAGGGUCCAAGGCUCGUUGUAAAGAAAAAAUAAUUAAAAUUGAGUAGAUACUAGGUUAAAUAGUUUAUAAAUAGUAAUGCCAUUAUGAUCGAAUCCACCUAUUUUCUAUGAAACAAACAAUCAAACAAGGGAUUUUUUUUUAAUUUUGUAGAUCAAUGAAGAUCGAAUAAUUUUACUUUUAAAUUGCAUGUUGUUUCCUUUGAGACAUAGUCUCGUUUUAUAUGUUAAGAAAAACCUAAAACAUCUACCUCAAUAAUUGGUUACAUAUUUCCAAAAAAUAUGUUGGUAUUAAAAAAUAUUGUAAUGAUCUAAAUUCGAAUAUAUUCGCUUAAUCUAAUUUAUCAGUGUCGUUGCCUCUGCCUAUUGUUGUUGCUAUUGGCUAGCUAAGGUUGCAAAAGCAGGUGUUCGGAAUAAAACCCCUGGUCGGGUCUAUAAAAAGUUAUUGGAUUUUCGGUCUAGAAAUUCUCAGUACUGGCCCGAAGUUUGGAAUUUGGCAGUGUGUACGCUCGUGCUUUGGAAAGCUCUUAAAAUGUUAAACCGGUGAGAUUCUCUCCGGUUCUCCGGUACUAUCAAAUUAUGAGAGUGAAGGAACAUAUAGUGCACCUACGUUUUAUUCGACCCAUUUCUGCACUAUUAUUAACACCUGCGUAGUUGGGAAUGACCAAAAAAAUUCAAUCAGGACACCAUCAACAAUGGGUAAUAUACUUUUUCAAUUAAAAAUUAUGUCAGUCUUUUAUUUAAUAUUUUGCAAUUGUUUUAUUUUGGUGCGUUAAUAAUGUCAAUUUAAAUUGUUUCUAAAAUAAAC